AUGCCAAAAAUCACGACAAUGAAGUUUCUUCUGCUGCUGAUGGUGGUUGAACUGACACUCCUUCAUCGCAGCGAAGGGGACGCUUGGUGGCAUCAUCGUAAACCCCAUAAACCCCAUUGCGACUCAAGUAGGCCACCAGGAUUUAAUUGGGCCAACCAAUGGCAACAAACUUUCGUGUACAGUUGUCCGAAGGGUAAGUUGAUUUGAAAACCCACUUUUAGGCCAAGUUAAAUGAAAACAAUUAACAAAAGUAAAAAACGACCAAAAACAAAACCAAAAAAAAAAAAAAAAAAAAAAAAAAAAAAAAAAAAUGUUUCUCGUCCGGAGUUUCUAUAGAGAAAAAGAGCGGACAGGUGCUUUUUUUUUUGGUUGUUUCCUACGUUGUCAUUAUUGCCAAUUUAAUUCUUAAUAAUAACUAACUGAUGUACGAUUAAAAGAAAUGAUAAAUAAUAAUGGUAGUAAUAAUAAUAAUAAUCAUAAUAACAAACACAUGAUAAAUUAAUUAUACGUCUUAGUACGGCAAAUAAGUCUUACUUGCUCCCUUAAAAUUGUCGAUAGUACCUGCUCUUUGCUCCUUCUUUUAUACAAAUUAUUACCGACCUCCAGGGAUAAGCUGGAGUUCUUUGGUCCCUUAAUAAAUGAAACGUCAGAUAUUAAUUAAACACAAAUUUUUGGUGUAUUUUGAUACAUGUGUAAAAACAACGUAAUGCGUCAAACAACUUCAGUAUAGGACUCAGUAUUUAACAAAUGCUUCGGUUUAUGAAAUGUAAGGCCUGCUUUGCAGGAUUGUAGAAUUGAAUGGGCCCUUUGCAACUAGCCAUUCGCGUGGUACAAAACCGCCAUGCAGGAGAGCAAAAGUUGCACUGGGGCAAGACAAACAUAGGAAACUACCAUUUAUAAUUAUGAUGCCUUUUAUUUGUCUUGUCCCAGUGCGACUUUUGCUCUCCAGCAUGGAGGUGUUGUACCACGUGAAUGGCUAGCUGCAAAGAGCUUAUUGGCGUUGGAAGUAAUGCCUGUUGAUUCUUGUUCGUUUUUGCUUUUCCAAUAAAAACAAGAGAAGUGGUCCCAAAACAUGAGGCGGGUGGAACAAGAAACAAUAAUUUCUUUGUUUGUUUGAUUUUUACAUGGCCUCACUACUCUUUUUCCCUCAAAGCUUCUCUUUCUUUUCAACACAGCAGCCCCUUUCUUGCUUUGCCUGAACUGAAACUUGACCCAGGCUUAAGAACCGUACUUGAAAACCCUGUCUUUACUGCUCUGUCUCUCUCCUCCCCAGAGGCCUUUUUGUGUUGUAGGGAGGCUGGGGAGAAAGAGAAAGAAAGCGCCCGAGGCGCGAUGGGAAGGGGAAAGAGCUUUCUAUUUUUCGAUUAUUGCUAUUUUUAUUGGGAUACCCAGCGGGAACUUCUACGGAGGAGAGAGCUGCCCUGUAGCUGAUGGGUUUGUAAGUGCUGGAUCAUUCGUGCUACAAGCAGUCGGACUUGCUUCAUAGUGACAUAAAAGGUUAUUAAUUAAAACGUUUCUAGGUUCUUCUUUGAGUCGCUGGUACAGCAUUCACAGGAACUGCAAGGAAGAUCGCAUCCAUCACUUUGAAUGCCGUAAAGUGAAUGAACCCUACAGCGCGCAUUGCAAGUGGACUUCUUAUGUAAACACUUAUGACAACCCUGUUAAAUUCAAAUGUGGGAACAAUGGCUUUGUAAGUGGAGUCAGAAGUGAGUACAGCCCCUAUCACAAAGAUCGCAGGUAACUUAUGAUUAUUACUGAGUUAAUUUUGGCUUUUUCUUCUUCUUCUUCUUCUUCUUACGGAUCUUCCGCAAGUUUCAAUUUACUUUUUAGUAAUUUCGCAUUUAAAAUUAAACAUUCCAGAUUUAAAAUUUUCAGGUUUUUUUUUGUGUGUGCUAUCCUCUGGAUUUGCUUACCUUUUUCCUAACCAUCUCCUCUGGGGACGUAGUCACGGGGUUUGGCAGAAUUGGUGCAGAGAGACCCUUUGCACUGUCCGCAGACAGGGGACAAGUAAUAGACCAGUCCUCUUUAACUUGUAUGUUUUGUUUUCCCAACUAGAGGUCCCAGGGGAACUUGCCCCUUGGUCUUUUCAUAAAUUAUGCGUACAUAUGCCCGUGAAUAAAGCGAAAUUUCAAAGAAACAGUUCUCUAGAGUAUUAUGACACAUGACCUGUGUGUAUUGGGAAAACAAAAGUUACAAGCUAAAGAGGUCUAUUGUAGAAGUACUGUAGUUCUAGUAUAGUACAUUUAUAGAUUUUACAUGCAAACAACAAGUGAGGGCCUAUCCAUUUACCUACCUAGUUUAUGAAAUUACUUUUUAACGAAAAAAAUAACAACUUCAAGACAAACAGCAGGAGGUAUUAAAUGUACCUCCCUAGAGAAGAUAAUUCAAAGUUACAAAUACCAAUGAUAUACCUCGAAAAACUGAUUGACAACUAAGUAGUUUUUGAAACCCUCGAUUGCAAUUAACAUUUUGAAUGUUUCUUCAAUAUUAUAAGCCGUUGCUAUUGAUUCUAUAUUUUGUUCAAGUUUUUAUUUUCGUAGACUCCCAUUGGGGGCCAGUUAAUUUGACUAAAUUAAGUGACACAGCUUCCUUAUUAACGUCUUUGUCAUCCUCUUACCUGACCCAAAAAAAUAUUUUAAUUCUUUCAAUUCAGGUUCUGCUUCCUCUGCUGUAACAAGCCACGUUUGUUUCCACACGACUGUAAGAGCACUCCUCUUCAGAACAACUGGGACGCUGUACUGGACUACCGUGUUCCUAAUGGUUACACCUUGGCUGGUGUAAACAGUCACCAUGACAACAGUAAAGAGUAAGUACCUCAGAGAUAUGUCGAUUAAAAAAAAUGGAUGGAAACAGCUCAGAUUGUGGGGACGGCGCGAAGAGAUGUGGGCAGAAAAGACAGCGAGGAGAUGGAGUUGGGGGUGAGAGCUCCCUUACCUCGCGCCGCACUCCACUAUCUGAACGCCUAGAACGGGUUAAAAAGAAAAAAAAAAGAGCAAACAAAUAAAUCAACCCAAAUAAACACCUCUCUGUAUCAAGACCCGGUGGAAUCUAUAUCUUUACCGGUUCUCGGAGAAAAUGUCACCGGAAUGGCUUCUUUUCCACUGGUUGAUCUUUGGUAGUUGGUUAUCGCCCAUGAAAGCUAAAAGGGGUGGCAGGCCUUAAAUCUCUACCUGUGUGAAACCUUUGAAAUGCUUUUGCAUAUUGCUGAAACGAGAACUAUAAGAUUUACGCGAUUACCUGUUCCCUCCGAUUUCUUUCUUAUAUUUUUACUUCUUUUAAACAAAUGCGAAUAACGAAAUACACUGGCUUUAUAGAAUUCACAGUAAAAAGCGACAGGGGCAAAAAAUUAGCCGAGUAGGAACAAACUAUUCGCCAGGUAUCGGGAGGCUAAAUAAUCACCAGGUAGACUGAAUUAGACCACUGGGUAGGGUUUCACUGAGUCUGUUACAGAGGAGUGUACUAAAAGGUGUGUAAAAACAGGCAACAUAUACGUGCAACUUGUCUUGCAACAUUGUUGCAGAACAAGUUGAAUAGCGAUUUGGCGCGUUUUACCACCCACGUCAAACCUGUCUUGCAACAAAACAGCUUGUUAACAGGUUUUAACACGGGUAGUAAGCUGUGGUAAAACGCGCAACACUCGCUUAUUCUCUUGUUCUUCAGUAAUGCUGCAAGACCAGUUGCACGUUAUUUUUUGCCCGUUUUUACGCACCUUAAGGAAUGAAUAAUAUGAAACGGACAAAAGUUAAUUAAAUCAACUGCAAGUACACAAUUGAACUAAAACGAAACAAAGCGAAAAGGAAAAAUGUUAAAUUGACGCACUGAACAAAUGAAACAAAGAAAAAAUAAACCAAACCAAUGACCAGGAUAACCGUUGUUCUGUAAACGCCGACUCACCAGUUCCCUCUUUUUUAAAUAUUUAACGUUCUCUGUUUUAUGUUUUGGUUAGGAAAAAACAAUAUGAAGUUAUAAAAGAACAUACCCCGACCCCGAGCUAACGCAACCUCGUCCCCAGGGCGCUUUUCUUUGAGGACGAGGUUGUACCUAACCUGCCAAGCGGUUUUUCUGAUGUGUUUUUCGUUUGUGGUUCGUUAAGGGCCUGUUAACAAGGAAAGAGGGUUACCCUUUUACUAGGGUUACCAUAGCAGGCGCGUUAAAGUUAACUCUGGUUUACAAGCAAAUUUCACAGGUAGGGUUAUCCUACCACCCGGCUCAACUUUACAUGUCUGCGUGAUGGGAACAUUAACUGCCAACAUGUGAAAUCGUCAUUUUCGACCCCAGAGCUCUUCUAGCUUCAUGCGCAGUCAGCUAAGGAUCUGGUGACGAGAUUGGUGAAAUCAUGUGAACCACCUUGAAUCACCACCAGGGCCCAGUUGUUUGAAGGCCGAUUAGCUCCAGCCUGAGGUUAAACUUUAAUCCGGCUUUCUUUUUGUUUUAUUCGAAAGCAUUUUCUGGGCAAUUUUUCUCUAUUCUUUUAAGUUCAUCCAAUCAUCAUAUUGUAGACAAAAAGAACUAAACUGAAUUUGCUUUUUAACCUUUCAUAUCUCAAUUCAAAUUUCGCUCAAUCCCCGGGUUAUCGAUCUUGAACCCAUCUUUAAAAAACUCGAACCAGGCUGGUAUUUUUUUUCCCUCUUGUGCAAACUAAACCCUUUGUAAACUUUUUCUAGGAAUUAGCUGAAUACUACUAAAUACUCAUACUGGCUACAAUCGAUUUUUUUCCUUCAGAAAAAUAAUAAGAACCUAUUUAAGAACCUAAAAAGCUUAAAUUUGUGCUAAUUACCAUUUAUGUAUGACCAUGUUUAGGCUAACUUGGAAAAAUGCAAAAGUUCUACGCGCUCACAGGGUGCCCCAAAGAGUACUGUGCACAUUACUCUGGGAGGGUCCGCAGUGCCCAUAUCAGACAAAUAAUUAACUCUUUGUUGCAGGACAGGCUGUUUCCUAAUUCUGUAUAUUUUAUAAAUAAGUCAUUUUCUUUAUAGAAUACAGCGUUUUACCUUUAAAACUUUCAUCUGAAGCUUUGCUUCCUUUUUAAUCUUUAGGGAUCGUCGCUGGGGAUUUGAGAUCUGACCAUGUUUAGGCUAACUUGGAAAAAUGCAAAAGUUCUACGCGCUCACAGGGUGCCCCAAAGAGUACUGUGCACAUUACUCUGGGAGGGUCCGCAGUGCCCAUAUCAGACAAAUAAUUAACUCUUUGUUGCAGGACAGGCUGUUUCCUAAUUCUGUAUAUUUUAUAAAUAAGUCAUUUUCUUUAUAGAAUACAGCGUUUUACCUUUAAAACUUUCAUCUGAAGCUUUGCUUCCUUUUUAAUCUUUAGGGAUCGUCGCUGGGGAUUUGAGAUCUGCAAAUUUCUUAGCUGUCAGUGAGCCGAAACGAUGGGAUUUAACAGCCAAACAUGUGUAGAUAACUCUAAACCAUGACGUUCUAAUGAAGAGAAAUCCAACAGCCUCUUAUUUUUCGUUUUAUAUUCCUAUCCUAUCAUUAAAUCGUUAAAUCAAUAUAGUUAAGUUAAUGCCUAGUAAUGAUUUUUUCUUUUUUAGACAAUACUCGAUUGCUAACG